UUGACGCCAUCAUGGCUAUCAAAAUCGAGUAUGGAGUGAAGAAAAACUGGAUGGGUGAUCCAUGCUUUCCAACCAAAUAUACUUGGGAGGGCGUGAAAUGCAGCAACACAUCGAGGAUUACAUCACUAGAUCUCUCCAACAGCUCGUUACAUGGCACAAUAUCUAAGAAUUUUACGCUUCUCACAGCACUCAAGACUUUAGAUUUAUCUUACAACCAGUUGAGCGGGUCAAUACCUGAUUCCCUACCAAGUUUGCCUUCCCUACAAGUUCUAAAUGUAUCUGGCAACCAGCUGAGUGACGAGUCCCUAUGUAAAAAUUAUACUGGACCACUUAUUUUCAGACAUGAUGGUGGCUCUGUAUGCAACAAACCUUCACCAAGCCCGCAAAGAAAUAAAGUAGCUAUCAUAGCUAUUUCAGUAGUGGUUCCUGUGUUGGUAGUAAUUUUACUUCUUGCAUAUUUCAUCUGGUGGCAGAAAAGAAAGCCUAAUG